GACCUGUGGAAACCAGAUAUUGCUUUAUUAAACAGUUUUACCUCGCUCAGCUCCAUGGGAAGCAAAUUCAUGUUUAUCGUGGUAGAAAAUACGGGACUCUGCACGUGGAAGCCUUACCAGAUUCUUGAAAGCACGUGUCAGGCCGACAUGACAAAUUAUCCAUAUGAUACUCAAAAUUGCGAUCUCAUGUUUAGUACAUGGUCCUCCACAACAGCCCAGGUGCAAACUAUUAUUGGCACCUCCGGCAUGCAAAGACAUGAAAAUUUCGUAGAGAACUCAGAAUGGAAACUGGAGGGAAUUUCUCAAAGAAAUGAAACGAUAAACGGUCAACUUACAGCCGUGUUUACACUGACUCUUAAACGGAACCAUGCCUUUGUUGUGUUCUAUGUAACAGUUCCUGUUAUAUUGCUCUCGUUAUUAAAUGCACUUACAUUCGCUUUACCAGUAUCAGCUGGAGAAAAGUCUGGAUUUGCGAUAACGGUGUUCCUGUCAUUUGUGAUUUACGUGAUAGUUACUUUUCAAAAAAUGCCGGACAGUUCAGAUACAAUUUCGCUGUUUGCAGUCUACCUCCUGAUUAUGACGGGCCUUAGUAACCUAACUGUUAUUAUUUCUGUGUUGGAAAUUAGGAUGAUUGAGCUGAAGACUAAUAAUAAACCAUUGCCACAAUGUACUAUCUCAUUUACAAAAUGGAUUCUUAAUUCACAACAUAAUAUGUUGUGCAUAAAGGAUGGGACGGACACAUCUCAAAAUAAAGCAAAUAAAGUUAAACCGGAAAAUGAUGAUGAUAGUGAUGUUGAAGAAGAUACUGCUUGGCCCGAAUUCGUUUCGGCAUUAGACUUUACUUGUUUUUGGGUGUUUUUUCUUGUGACAGUUUUGCUUGCCGUGUGUUACAUGUCAUAUAUAGCAACACAGUGAAAAUAGAGAGAGUGUUCAAAUAGAUGAACACCAGAUUCUCCGAUUAUAUAUGUUACGCUACUACCUUUGUUGUUACAUUUCUUUGGGAGUAGUCAACUUAUCAAGUUAGGGCCUUGAUCAUUCCCUUGGGGCUAAGGACGUACUCUUUUGCAAAAAAAAAAAUGUACAAUGCUUAGCGUAAUAUGCUGGAUAUACAUAAUAUGAAUGCUGUUUUAUUGUAGUGAAAUUUAUUAUUUUAGUGUUUGCUGAGAUCUACAAUAAAAACACUUUACUUUAAAAUGUUAAAGUGCUAUAGUUGAUAGUUUUGUUAAGCGGAAAGUGUUCAUGUUUUAGUAUAAUAAUGUUUAACACGCACCGAGACAAUAAAAAAUUGCAUAUAUGUUUACAUCAAAUGUGGAAAGCAGGAAUCAAUGAGAUAUUUUCAAAUAAAUUGAAUACCGGUGCAUAAAGAUUAAAAGAAGAUAACAGAAUCAUUUUCUUUUCAGUUAAAUUGAAUAGAACUUUUGUACAUUAACUGUUGCACAUACUUUUAAUUUAUAAAUGAAUCGGUCAUAGUAUCACCCGAACUGUCAUUGAUUAACCUUUUAUCAUUGAUUGUGAAGUUUUAAACUUCCUCCCAGCUUUUCGUCUAAAUGUUACCAUACAUUUACAUAAUUAAUUCGUUUUUUGUCCAUAGUUUUUGUAAAAAGUGUUAAUUAAUACAAUAAGUUUAAGUUCAUACUCUAACUCAAACAUUUCAUUCCCAUUAAAUACCGGUUAAACAAGCAAGCUAUGUAUACAAUAUUCAAAGAUUCUAAAUUUAAUUCAUGACUAUUAUUUUUGCAUAAGCUCGUCUUUUAUUAUAAUAUAAA